AUGAGAGUAAAAUACGACUAUGUGUUUAAAGAGGUCCGUCUUUGAAGCACUAAAUCUUCUGCAGAAAGAAAACCUCUGAGGAGAAACUUAAACUUGAGGUCAUUUCUAAAGUGUUUUGACUCUGCUGGUCCUGAGAGGGGAUUUGGUUUGCAGCAGGUUCAACAAAAACUCCUAGAAAACAAAGGAAGAGACAUCACAUGGAUGCUUUAAGUUUUACACUGGCAGCAGCAGCAUCCAUCCCUCCCUCUGAUAGAAGUCUAUUCUCACAGCCAGCAGAGUCACCACAAACCACAAAGAGAGACGAACAAAACCGGGUAAACGGAGAGUUUCAGAUCUUUAUGAGACUCACAGAGAAGAAAAGAAACAUUCAACAAUGAGGUUCAGUCUCUGUUUGCUCAGCUGGGACAGGUAAUCGUGCUGCAGGUUUGCACGCCAGCUGCAGGUCAGAGUUAACCAGGUGAGUCAUGGUGGGUGUGUCCAUGUCUUUAUACAGUUCAGUCUGUGGUUGGGACCUCAUUAAAGUUCAGGUUGUUCUGGAUCCAACAUUAGAGCAUAAAUGAUCUCCCAUUUCAGAUUUCUUCUGCUGACUUCACGCCUCUCCCUUCUCUCCUCUCUCCUCAGCCCUCCAUCCAUCCAUCCAUCCAUCAUGGCCGACUCGUCCCUCAGCUGGUGGAAGCUCACUUUCCUGAGAAGAAAAAAGUCUCAGCCUAAAGUUCUGUAUGAAAUCCCUGCAGACUUCAUCUCAAACUCCCCCUCAGCCCAGCACGCCUCAGCCCCGGCAUCAGGUCCUGGCAGCCCUGAGGACACUCAUCUGGACACCCGGCUGGAGCGGAUCGUGGACAAAUCGACGGCCAGCAAAGGGCGCCAUAUGAAGGUGUCUCACUCUGGGAGGUUCAAGGAGAAGAAAAAGGUGCGAGCGACUCUGACGGAGAACCCUCAGAUGUUUUCAGGAGAACCAGCGAGAGACGAGAACCUGAGGGUGGGGAAGUGA